CCAUGUCCAAGUACCCUCUGGCGGGUGGGCCAUACUGAGAGAAUAAAUAAAUGAGCGUAAGGGAAGGUGCAUAGGGAUUUCCGUCGUGGCUUCUUUGCUCCUCCUCCGCCUCCAUUUUUUUUUUUGCGCAUUCGAUGCCGCAGAAAAGCGCCGCACAUUUUGGACGAUUGGAAGGAAUAAUCCGAAGCGGAUAACGCACUUAUGGAGCGUUGAUUUCAAUCCAAAAAGGAAAGAUUGCGCGUGUUGUUUGGAACGAUUGCAAGGCUAGGGAAGAGCGGCUUGUUACGUAACCAAGAGACUCCUGAGCUGUCCACGGUGCUGAAAAGCGUACAUCGCGUAUAUUCAAGCCGGCAAAAGCUCUUUUUAUCCCUUAAAAAGCUCCGUUCGAUGACCCAUCAAUCAUCUUGGGGCUGUUUUUCCAUCUAUACAGGGAGAAGGUCACAGGCUCGUUUGCUGUACAGCUAGAUCGAUUUUUUUAUUUUUAUUUUUUAUUUUUUAUUAAGCAUUCCAGAUAAGGGGGUCCAAAUGUCGGGUCAGACGCUCACGGACCGCAUCGCUGCGGCCCAGUACCAGCUGACGGGUUCGGACAUGGCCAGGGCCGUGUGUAAGGCUACAACGCACGAAGUGAUGGCGCCCAAGAAGAAGCACCUGGAGUACCUGGUGUCAGCCACCAACACCACCAACGUGAACAUCCCGCAGAUGGCCGACACGCUUUUCGAGCGGGCCACCAACGCCAGCUGGGUGGUGGUCUUCAAGGCCCUGGUCACCACCCACCACAUGUGCGUGCACGGCAAUGAGAGGUUCAUCCAGUACUUGGCCUCCAGGACUUCGCUCUUUAACCUCAGCAACUUCAUCGACAAAACUGGCUCGAAUGGCUACGACAUGUCCACGUUCAUCAGACGGUACGGCCGCUACCUGAAUGAAAAAGCCUUCGCCUACCGCCAGAUGGCUUUCGACUUCACUCGAGUUAAGAAAGGGGCCGAGGGGGUGAUGAGGACCAUGACCACGGAGAAGCUAUUGAAGGGCAUGCCCGUCUUGCAGACUCAGAUCGACACGCUUCUGGAGUUUGACGUUCAUCCUAAGGAGCUGAACAACGGCAUCAUCAACGCCGCUUUCUUGCUGCUCUUCAAGGACUUGGUCAAGCUCUUUGCAUCCUACAACGAUGGCAUCAUCAACAUGUUGGAGAAAUAUUUCAAGAUGAAAAAGAGCGACUGUAAGGAAGCGUUGGAGAUCUACAAGAGGUUCCUGACCCGGGUGACUAAAAUCGGGGAGUUCAUGAAGCUGGCGGAGACCGUUGGAGUUGACAAAAAUGACAUCCCCGACAUUAACUAUGCCCCCAGCAGUAUCCUGGAGUCUCUGGAAACGCACAUGAAUGGCCUGGAGGACGUCAAGGGUGGCAAGAAGGGUGAAGGGUCUCCGACUAAGGGUUCUCCCACAAACAACGUGUCUCCGACUUCGACUCCGGCCAAAUCGUCAAACGCCGUCCCGGCACUGCAGCCUCCACCUGGGGAGAGCGCGGCCGCUGCCGCUCCGGCUGCACCCGAGCCAGCGGAAGAUUCCUUGUUGGACCUGGAUCCUCUGUCCUCUUCUGGCCCGCCAGCAGCAUCCGCAGGCCCCACGUCCUGGGGAGACCUUCUCGGAUCAGAAAUGGGCGAUUCCUUGCUAGCCGAGCCCGCUCUGGCUGCAGAGGCCGCCGCCCCCUCCCCUGCCGCCGCCGACUCCACGCCUGCCCCCGCCGCGCCAGAAGCUGGAGUCCCUCUAGCUCCUCACAGUAGCACGGCGGCCGCCACCUCCCCUGGCGCCACCAAUAUGGAUCUGUUAGGAGAUGCCUUCGCCACGCCCGCCGCGGACGCCGCCACCACCGAGGCCUCCGCCGCGGCAGCUGAGGGUGGAACCGCAGCGACACCCACCGCCCCUGUCACCGGAGCUGCAGCUGGAGCCGACCCCUUUGCGCCCUCGGACGGGGGCACUACGGCCGCAGCAUCUUUGGGUCUCGACCUUUUCGAUGUGGGCAACUCGUGUUUUAGCUCGGUGGUGCCCUCCCCUUCCCCAUCGUCGAUCUUCACCUCCACUUCCAGCACCACCAUCACCACGGCGACCGUUUCGGCGCCAAUAGCUACCACCGAUCUUUUCAGCGCGGAUUUAUUCGACUCCUCAUCCAUCUCACCCAUCUGUUCCUCUGCGCCCCCACCCAAAACUGACAGCAGAGACAUCCUGAGCCUGUUUUGUGAGUCCACUGGAGGAGGAGGAGGAGAUGCACCAGCAGCCGCUGUCGCCACCCCUGGAGCAGAACUCAUCUCAGCUUUUGGUGGCUUAGGAGAGGUAAUGAAGCCCACCCUGACCCCCCAGACGGGUGAUGUUGACACCUCCAUGGCUAACAUGGCGAGUAAUCUGACGAUGGGAUCUCCAGCGGCUCCUCAGGUAGCUCCCCCCAGCUGGGGUGCCCCCAUGCCCGGGGCACCGGGUGCCGGAGCUCCCAUGAUGCAUUUGGUUAGACCGGGCUUCCCCGCCGCCAAUGCCCCGAUGUCUCCUGGAAUGACCCAGAGCCCCAGAAAGCCUCCCCCGCCCAGGAACGCUCUGGAUGACCUUAACAUCAAGGACUUCAUGUAGGCAGACACAUAGGUGUUUGGCGCUUCGGAUGUCUGCACUCCCCCCCCCCCCCCCCCAUCUAGAGGCCGCAACCCCUCGAAGACCCCCCCAUACCUCCGCCCCCAUGAUGUACUGUUGUAGCACAACUGUAAAUGUGAACCCUAGAUACAGAACACAUAGUUUUACGUGUGUGUGGGUGUGUGUGGGUGUAAAUCAGUGUUAAACUCUACUUAAUAUAUUACAGCUAGGGGGGAGGGGCAAAGAAAAAGAACAACAAAAAAAGAAUGCAUAUGGAAAAUUAUUCUGGACUUGAAUGCAAUGGUCUGGUGGUUUCCCUGCGCAUCUGCCAGACGAGGAGCGUGUUGUUCAAUGUGGACUGUGUUUUGGUGUGUGUAUCUUGACUGGCCAACCCGCCUCCUUCAUCGUCCCAACUAAUACUGAGCUAACUCCCCGUCGUCCCAGCUAAUACCGAGCUACGUGUGUGUGUGUGUGUGUGAUGGUUGUACCUUCAAGUAUGUCAAGCUUCGCCACUCACGCUCCCUAUUGGUCGUGAAAAACAUGCAACGUCAUCCACGGUUUUAUUAUUACUUUGGGAUUCUACGGAAACGUGCCGAGAUCUGUGCACAAAUUAACAUGCAUUUUAAUGAUAGAUGACUUAUUUUCUUUAUUUUGAAGACAAAAUACCAUAUAUUUUAGUUACAUAUCUUGGGGGGGGGGGGAGCAUGUAGAUGUAAACAAACAACAAAAAACAUACCUGUCAGUUUUGUAGAGGCAGUAUUCAUUUAAAAUAAUUGCUGGCUGUUUGACGUGACGCCCUCUGCUGGUGUCGAGUGGCUGGGGACGAAAUAAUAUUGAAGUUACUUGCAUUUGUGCAUGCAAUUGGUUGGCAUCAGGUACAUUUGCUGAUUGGGAAGCGGCGUGUAAAGCACUCACGUAUACGCUAGAUGUUAUGUGUUGUUUAUUUCCAAAAGUGACUGUAACUUAAUCCAUUGUGACAAUUACAUGUUGAAAGAAAAAAAUAAAAUAAAAGCAAGAAUGACAUUCACAUAGA